AUGGCGGACCGGCGGCGCCAACGGGCCUCGCAGGACACGGAGGACGACGAGUCCGGGGGCUCGGGCACCGACAGCGGCGGCGGCGGCGGCGGCGGCGGCUCGCCCGCCCGGGCCGCCGCCGGGGGAGCAGCGGGAGGAGCGGCGGCGGGAGAAGCGGGAGAAGCGGGAGGAGAAGAAGAAGCAGGAGGAGGAGCAGGAGCAGGAGGCGGCGGGGCCCUCAACCCCAGGAGGGCGGACAGCGGCGGGGCCGGACCCACGGACCAGUCCGAGUGUGAGAGCGAGGAUGGAAUCGAGGGAGAUGCCGUGCUCUCCGACUACGAAAGUGCCGAGGACUCGGACGGGGAGGAGGGGGAAUACAGCGAGGAGGAAGGCUCCAAAGUGGAGCUGAAGGCAGAAGCCAACGACGCGGCGGCCAACUCCUCGGCGAAGGACGACAAGGGGGAGGAGGAGCCGGAAUCGAAAGGCACCGUGACGGGCGAGAGGCAGAGCGGGGACGGCCAGGAGAGCACGGAGCCCGUGGAGAACAAAGCGGGCAAGAAGGUCCCCAAACACCUGGACGAUGACGAGGAUCGGAAGAACCCGGCGUACAUCCCGCGGAAAGGCCUCUUCUUCGAGCACGAUCUCCGCGGGCAGACCCAGGAGGAGGAAGUCAGGCCCAAGGGGCGGCAGCGGAAGCUGUGGAAGGACGAGGGUCGCUGGGAACACGACCGGUUCCGGGAGGAUGAGCAGGCGCCCAAGUCGCGGCAGGAGCUCAUCGCCCUCUACGGCUACGACAUCCGCUCUGCCCACGACCCCGACGCCGUGAGGCCCCGCCGGAGGCGCAAGCCCAGGUUCGGCAGCCCCCCGCAGCGGGAGCCCCACUGGAGUGGCGAGCGGCCCCACAAGCCCCCACGUCACCACCCGGGCCCCGGGGGCCCCCCGCCGCCCCCUCGGACGUUCAUCAACCGCAGCGCAGCGGGCACCGGCCGCACGCCCCUGCCCAGGGCUCACCUCCGGCCGGCCAGCUCCAAGGAGGGCCGCGGCGGCGGCCCGAGGCCCGCGGAGGCCGGCGGGCACUUGGGCGCCCGCCCCGGGGACCCCGCCGCCGCCCACGAGAACGGAUACCGGCCGCGGCGGGCGGACGCGUUUCCGGCCAGGGAGCCGUCCCCCGAGGCCGAGGCCGAGGCCGCCCGUGUAUCCGCCGGCUCCCGGAGGGAGGAGGAGGAGGAGGCGGGGGCUCCGGAGCAGCCCCCCGCGCCCGACCCGGCGCCGCCACCGCCCCCCGACAGGCCCGUCGAGAAGAAGUCGUACUCGCGGGCGAGGAGGACCCGGACGAAGGCGGGAGACCAGAGCAAGCCGGGGGAGGAGGCGCCCCCUCCCCCCGAGGUCCCCCCGGCCCCUCCGGCCCCCCCGGCCCCCGGGGCCAGCCCCCCUCCCCCUGCAAAGGCGGGCAGCUGGGAGCCCCCGGCGGAGCCGGGCCUGGCGGGGCUGGAGCAGGACGUGAGCCAGUUGAACCUGACGGAGCCAAGCUGGAGCCCCGGGCAGUCUCAUUUCCUCCAGCCCCGGGAGCUGCGGGGAAUACCCAGCCACGUGCACAUGGGAGCCGGCAACCCCCAGCCCCCACCUCCACCGCCGCCGCAGUUUAACCGGAUGGAAGAGAUGGGCGUCCAGGGCAGCCGAGCCAAACGCUACUCUUCCCAGCGCCAGAGGCCCGUGCCCGAACCACCCGCGCCCCCGGUGCACAUCAGCAUCAUGGAAGGGCAUUAUUACGACCCACUGCAGUUCCAGGGACCAAUCUACACCCACAGUGACAGCCCUACCCCUCUGCCCCCGCAAGGCAUGAUCGUGCAGCCCGAGAUGCACCUCUCCCACCCAGGUUUACACCCCCACCAGACGCCAGCGCCCCUGCCCAACCCGGGCCUGUACCCCCCACCGGUGUCCAUGUCCCCGGGCCAGCCACCUCCGCAGCCACUGCUCGCUCCCACCUACUUCUCUGCUCCGGGUGUCAUGAAUUUCGGCAGUCCCAACUACCCCUACCCAGCAGGGGCCCUGCCCCCGCCGCCGCCCCCGCAUUUGUAUUCCAACACCCAGGCCCAGGCGCAGGUGUACGGAGGCGUCACCUACUACAACCCCGUCCAGCAGCAAGUGCAGCCCAAGCCCUCGCCCCCCCGGAGGACCUCCCAGCCCGUCACCAUCAAGCCCCCACCCCCCGAGGUGGUAAGCAGGGCUUCCAGUUAAUUUGCGUUUCUAAAUGCUUUAAUCUAAAACCACAAAGAAAAACCCACAGGACUCGGAGCCCCAAGGAGGAGAGGCUGGCCUAGGGACGUCUUCCUGGGAGCCCUGGACACAGCGGGCAGCUUGCGCCUUGGAGAGAGAGAGGCCCUGCCAUGGCCCAGGGACUUCUGGAAGGGCCCUCCCCGACUGCCCACCCCCUUUUCCCCUCCUCGCGCCCCUUCCCUCCCUCCCAGGCCCCCCUCCCACUCAAGCAGUCAGUGACAACCUUGCCGGAAGCCCCAGCGUUCGUGUUCUGUCCCCCUUCCAAACGGAACCGGUCCGUCCCACCGAGUUUCCCACAGUCCGUCCCACUGUGGUUCUCCUCCCCCUCCCCAAUCUAGGAAAAGCAUGGAUGUGACCAGUCCAAACUUCCGCCCCUCCCCGCCCCCCACCUGCCCUCUCCCCUCCCUUUUCUUUCGGAGCUUUUGUUCGUUUCUGUUGUUGUUGAUGUAAACGGAUUCUGGCCGGCUCUUUGCUGGUCCACCCGUG